AAAAAGAUGAAAAGACACACAUCUUCCUUGAUCUGACAUGCAUCCAUCAAAGCCACCUUUACAAUCUCUCUUUUUCGCCCACAGAUGUACACAGGGACGGGUGUGCUUUCCCAGUUCGUCAACCUGCAUGUGAAUACACCACGGGCAGUCGUGCUUGGCCCUCAAGAGCUGCACGUACAAGAGGGAGACACCAUAACACUUGUUUGCGUCAUACAACAGAGCAAACCUCCCUUCGUGUUUUGGUACCACGGCGAUCAAAUGGUCAACUACGAUGGUUCACGGAAUCGCCUCAACGUUAUAACACAGGUUGAAGGCUCACGGACGAACUCUCGACUCACUAUCACCGACGCCAGAUAUACGGACUCCGGGAACUACUCUUGUCUGCCGCCCAACGUCAAGCCCGCCUACGUUCUGGUCUUCGUCAGUCAGGCUGGAGAUACGGUGGCCGCAGUACAGAGACGAGGCCACACGUCCACGGCCCCCACGACGCUCCCCUCCGCCACCAGCGUCGCCGUCAGCGUUAGCGUGUGCUUCACCCUCUGCGUCAGCGUCUUCACCCACUUUCUUCCUACGAGAUGAUGGUUCCUCUCUCUCUUCCUGGUGGUUUUACUGUAAAGAAAAAUUAUGUAUAGAGAGGAAAAAAAAAGAAAAGAGGUCUAUGUAUCCAUCUAAUUACAAAAGAUAUAUAUAUAUAUAUAUGUACAUUGUAACCCUCCUUCAUUGUGAACGUUUUAUGUAUAUAAAUAUAAUUACCGAGUUUUCA